AUGGGGCCCGCCGCCGCCGCGGUGGAGCCCCGCGGCGCGGCGAAGGACGCACGUCUUGCGCUUGCCGGGCCCUUGCUGGCAGCGCUCGCUGCCGUUAUCCCUCGCGAUGCCGAGGGCCUGCACGGCCUGUUUUUGGUGUGCACCCUGCUCCUGCUCAGCGCCGUGCUGUUUGCGGCCGAGUGCGCGCAGGUGCACGUGCCAUUCCUGUCCCGCGCCGCGCGGCUGGUCCUGGACCGCACCGAGAACGCGCGCCGCAACUGGGAGACGGACACGCUCCGGUCCUUUGCGGAGGCUGCCUCGUGGCUCUCCAUCUCCGCGCAGCUGCACGAGCACUACGGCGACGUCUGGGUGUCCGCCCCCCUUGGGGCCCUCUGCGGCUUCGCGGUGGUGAUCGUCGGAGACCAGCUGAACAUCUUGACCGCCAGGGCUUGCCGGUGCGGGCGCAGGGCCGGCGGCCAGCCAGGCCGCCUCGACGCCCUCGACGCGCGGGAGCUGGCCGUUUUCGCGGUGGCCCUCGCGGCGGCAGUGGGCGUUCGCACGUCCGCGCCCGCGCUAGGCCUCGGGAUGGCUCUCCUCGAGCCCAUGGCGGCCAGCGUGUGCCUGGUGGUCAUGAGCCAGGUCCUGCUGCGCUGCUCGCCCGGCAGCCGCGCUGGGCUCAUAGUGCACGACCGCAUCGUCAACACCGUGGGCAAUUGGCAGAAGCACCCCAUCCGGUCCGCCCUCGAGUGCUCCGCGUGGCUGGCCACCACGUACGCCGUGCACAGCCGCUCGUCGGGGCUGCUGCCUCUGUCGGCGGUCAUCGGCGGCUUGGCAGGGUUUGCUGUGUCCAUCGUCGGGGAGCUCGGCUUCUCCCAUGUGGAUGGACCAGUCCGUCCCGUGAACGACGACCCGCGCCUGGUGUAUCGCGAG